AUGUCUAAACGCGAAGAUCUGAUAUCUUCCUUGGGCAACCCAAAACACGUUCUGGCUCCCAUGGUUGACGGAAGUGAGCUCGCGUGGCGAAUGUUGGGCCGAAAAUAUGAUGUACAUCUGACGUAUACUCCGAUGAUACAUUCAGCAAUGUUCUUGAAAGACAGAAAAUAUCGACAGUCUUGUCUACAGUUUGCCAAAGAGGAUCGACCUUUAGUAGCUCAAUUUUGUGCCAAUUCACCUGAAAUGUUUGUUGAAGCUGCAAAGAUUGUUGAACCCUAUUGUGAUGCGAUUGACUUGAACUUGGGGUGUCCUCAAGGAAUCGCCAAGCGCGGUCACUACGGAGCAUUCUUGCAGGACGAGUGGGAACUUCUGGAAAAAAUGAUUAAAUAUGCGUCAACUCAUCUGACGUUACCAGUUACGUGUAAAAUACGCGUCUUCCCGGACGUGGAACGAACUGUACAAUAUGCAAAAAUGCUUGAAGCUGCCGGUGCGUCGUUACUCACGGUACACGGACGCACACGGGAAAUGAAGGGACAAUUAACGGGGCUGGCCGAUUGGAAACAAAUUCGUCGCGUGAAGGAAGCUGUUUCCAUCCCGGUCAUUGCCAAUGGAAAUAUCCAAUACUUGACUGACGUUCAACGUUGUCUAUCUGAAACCGGGGUGGAUGCUGUCAUGAGCGCCGAAGGUCAUUUGCACAAUCCGGCAAUUUUUGCCGGUUUACAGUCAUCGGUCUACGAUAUGAGCUUGGAGUAUUUGUCCUUCGCGGACCGAUAUCCAACUACCAUAUCGAUUGUGAGGGGUCACGUGUUUAAAAUUCUUCACCAUGCCCUGAACGAACAUCCGGAAUUCCGUCAAACCAUUGGUCUUUCACAAAAUAACGCUGAGAUUCGACUGUCCGUGGAAAACAUGAAAUCUGCUUGUAAGGGCUGUACGACCAAUACGUACACAGAUUUGCCUCAUCCGCAUUGGAUCUGUCAGCCGUAUGAACGCCCAAAGACUGUUAAUUCAGGCGAACCUGUAAAUGCUAACGAAAACGAACAAGACGAGAGUUUGAAACGAAGCAUAUUACUAGAACAAAGACAAUUGCGCCGUGAAAACAAACGCAAUUUAAAGCAGACCCGACGUGACCAUUCAUCCGGAGGUCGUUCUUUAUGUGAACAUUGCAAUUCAAACUUGAAAGUGAGUUACCUUCCCCCCCNCCCCCCCCUCUUCUUCCCUUGCUCGGUAUUCUAA